GUUUAACUCCAUUAGGAAGGUGAACUAGAGACCAGCAACAACUGAAUAACAAAACUUUCACAGCGCUGCCCGAGCCCUUCAGUUUCAGAACUUAUAGUUGCAUCAAAUUAGGAACUUUCACUCAAAACAGCAACGCGUUUCCUCAUACACACACACACAGAAAGACAGAGACAGACAGAGAGAAGGGGACCAGACAGACUAACCCUCACCUUGUAGCCGGAAAGGUUGCGUCUUUCCCAGAGAUGAAGAUCCAGUUCGCUCCGCUAAACAUCCCGCUGCGGAGGAGACUCCAGACAGCUGCUGUGCUGCAGUGGGUUUUCUCUUUCCUGGCGCUAGCCCAGUGCUGUCUAGCAGGCUAUGUGUUGCUAUGCGUCUCUGACUGGUGGGUUCUGGCUGCGCUGUAUGCUGGUUGGCUGUAUCUGGACAGGGACACACCCACCAGUGGGGGUCGGAGGUCAGAGUGGCUUCGGAACUGGAGCGUCUGGAAACACUUCAGAGACUACUUCCCUCUCAAUCUCAUAAAGAUGGUGGAUCUGGACCCUGGUUCUAACUACAUCUUUGGGUUCCACCCCCAUGGUGUUCUGGUGGCGGGGGGUUUUGGGAACUUCUGUACGGAGGCGUCAGGGUUCUCCUCGCUGUUCCCCGGGCUGACCCCCUACCUCCUGAUGCUGCCAUUCUGGUUCAGAGUACCCUUCUUUAGGGACUACAUCAUGUGUGGAGGUCUGGUAUCCAGUGAGAAAGCCAGCCUGUCCUACCUGCUCUCAGCUCCUAGAGGAGGUAAUGUGGCGGUGGUGGCUAUAGGGGGCGCUCCAGAGGCUCUAGACGCCCGCCCAGGAGCUCUCACCCUUCAGAUUCUACACCGCAAGGGAUUCAUCAAACUGGCACUAAAACACGGGGCUCAGUUAGUACCUGUGUUCUCCUUUGGGGAGAAUGAGCUCUUCGACCAGAUGACCAACCCUACCGGCUCGCCGCUCCGCUGGCUACAGGACCACCUGCAAAGGCUCAUGGGAGUGGCACUGCCGCUGUUCACCGGGAGAGGAGUGUUCCAGUACAGCUUUGGUCUACUGCCCUACAGACAGCCCAUACACACUGUUGUGGGUAGGCCUAUUCCAGUGGUCCAGACCCCCUCUCCCACUAAGGAUGAUAUAGACGGUCUCCAUUCUCUCUACCUGGAGGGCCUCACUACGGUGUUUGAAGACAACAAGGACAACUACGGCAUUGCACCAGACAAACACCUCCACUUCAUCUAGACACACAUCUGUGUGAAGAGUUGUUCACACGUAUAAUCAGAAAAAAAAUAAUAUUUACAGAUUAACCCAAAGAUGCUGCAACACCUUCUAGGUCAGAGUUCUAGCUUUUUUUUCUACUGUUAUUGACUUGUUUAUUGUUAAUUGUUCACUCCAUGUGUAACUCUGUGUUGUUGUCUGUUCACACUGCUAUACUUGAUCUUGGCCAGGUCGCAGUUACAAAUGAGAACUUGUUCUCAACUAGCCUACCUGGUUAAAUAAAGGUGAAAUAAAAUGUAAAAAAAUUGCUGGAGGUUAGGGCUCUGUAGAGUUUUAUAAAACAUCACAAUACAUUGCAGAGCGUUCGAUUUGCCUGCUGUGGGUCAAUGAGACCUUCAGCUCUGCUAAAACCACUGACAACUGCGUGCCAUUUUCAAGGAAUUGUUAAAUAAAUGUUGUAAUAUCAGCAUCUCUUGAAGAGCUUAGUCAGAACAACAAAUGUCAGAUUAUUGUAUGCAAAACGAUUGCACACAUGUAGCUCUAUCAUCAGAGUUAUACAGCAAGUAACUGCAUGCUUUCAUGAUCAGUAAACAUCAAUGAUCAUGUAGUUUCAGAUACGGGAGGGUAGCCUAUCUAUGUCUCAAUAUUGGCACCCGUUUAUUGGAUAUUUGAGUGAUAUGAAAUACACUGAACAAAAAUAUCAUUGCAACAUGUAAAGUGUUGGUUUCAUGAACUAAAAUAAAAGAUCCCAGAAAUGUUCCAUACAAACAAAAAGAUUAUUUCUCAAAUGUUGUGGACACAUUUGUUUACCUCCCUGCUAGUGAGUGUUUUUCAUUUGCCACGAUAAUCCAUCCACCUGUCAGGUGUGGCAUAUCAAGAAACGGAUUAAACGGCAUGCCAAUUACACAAGUAAAAUGGCAGCGGAAGAAAUGGCAGCAUUUUAUGUGGGGUUUUUCACGUCAUUUGUGACUUAUUUUGUACAUAAUGUUUCUGCCACCGUAUCUUAUGGCAAAAAAGAGCUUCUGGAUAUCAGGACAGGGACCACUCACCUCGGAUAAGACAAAGAGCUUCUGGAUAUCAGGACAGAGAUCACUCACCUCGGAUUAGACAAAGAGCUUCUGGAUAUCAGGACAGAGAUCACUCACCUCGGAUUAGACAAAGAGCUUCUGGACAUCAGGACAGAGAUCACUCACCUCAGAUUAGACAAAGACCUUCUGGAUAUCAGGACAGAGAUCACUCACCUCGGAUUAGACAAAGAGCUUCUGGAUAUCAGGACAGAGAUCACUCACCUCGGAUUAGACAAAGAGCUUCUGGAUAUCAGGACAGAGAUCACUCACCUCGGAUUAGACAAAGAGCUUCUGGAUAUCAGGACAGAGAUCACUCACCUUGUAUUAGACAAAGACCUUCUGGAUAUCAGGAUAGCGAUCACUCACCUCGGAUUAGACUAAGAGCUUCUGGAUAUCAGGACAGAGAUCACUCACCUUGGAUUAGACAAAGAGCUUCUGGAUAUCAGGACAGAGAUCACUCACCUCGGAUUAGACAAAGAGCUUCUGGACAUCAGGACAGCGAUCACUCACCUUGGAUUAGACAAAGAGCUUCUGGACAUCAGUACAGCGAUCACUCACCUCGGAUUAGACAAAGAGCUUCUGGACAUCAGGACAGCGAUCACUCACCUCGGAUUAGACAAAGAGCUUCUGGACAUCAGUACAGCGAUCACUCACCUCGGAUUAGACAAAGAGCUUCUGGACAUCAGGACAGCGAUCACUCACCUCGGAUUAGACAGAGCUUCUGGACAUCAGGACAGAGAUCACUCACCUCAGAUUAGACAAAGACCUUCUGGAUAUCAGGACAGAGAUCACUCACCUCAGAUUAGACAAAGACCUUCUGGAUAUCAGGACAGCGAUCACUCACCUCGGAUUAGACAAAGAGAUUCUGGACAUCAGGACAGCGAUUACUCACCUCGGAUUAGACAAAGAGCUUCUGGACAUCAGGACAGCGAUCACUCACCUCGGAUUAGACAAAGAGCUUCUGAACAUCAGGACAGCGAUUACUCACCUCGGAUUAGACUAAGAGCUUCUGGAUAUCAGGACAGCGAUCACUCACCUUGGAUUAGACAAAGAGCUUCUGGAUAUCAGGACAGAGAUCACUCACCUCGGAUUAGACAAAGAGCUUCUGGAUAUCAGGACAGAGAUCACUCACCUUGGAUUAGACAAAGACCUUCUGGAUAUAUGGACAGCGAUCACUCACCUCGGAUUAGACUUAGAGCUUCUGGAUAUCAGGGCAGCAAUCACUCACCUUGGAUUAGACUAAGAGCUUCUGGAUAUCAGGACAGCGAUCACUCACCUUGGAUUAGACUAAGAGCUUCUGGAUAUCAGGACAGAGAUCACUCACCUCGGAUUAGACUAAGAGCUUCUGGAUAUCAGGACAGAGAUGACUCACCUUGGAUUAGACAAAGAGCUUCUGGAUAUCAGGACAGAGAUCACUCACCUCGGAUUAGACAAAGAGCUUCUGGAUAUCAGGACAGCGAUCACUCACCUUGGAUUAGACUAAGAGCUUUUGGAUAUCAGGACAGCGAUCACUCACCUUGGAUUAGACAGAGCUUCUGGAUAUCAGGACAGCGAUCACUCACCUCGGAUUAGACAGAGCUUCUGGAUAUCAGGACAGCGAUCACUCACCUCGGAUUAGACUAAUAUUUUUUCUUCAACAAGCAGGAUGCACAGGAUGUACUUCAGACACCCGACAAGGCCAACAUCCCUGUUAUUUGCAAGAGGAAGAGACGCAGGUACAGAGGACACAGAGCAGCGUCACUCGUAAGGAUCCGCAGACGGAGAGUGGGAAAGCUGCCGUUAGCGUCAAUAUUACUUGCCAAUGUGCAAUCCUGGACAAUAAAUUAGACGAGGUACGAUCACGAAUAUCCUACCAACGGGACAUCAGAAACUGUAACAUCUUAUGUUUCACAGAAUCAUGGCUAAAUGAUGACAUGGAUAUUGAGCUAGCGGGAUACACGCUGCACCGGCUAGAUAUACCAGCACACUUCGGUAAAAUGAGGGGGUGCGGUCUGUGCAUAUAUGUAAACAACAGCUGGUGCACGAAAUCUAAGGAAGUCUCUAGAUUUUACUCGCCUGAAGUAGAGUAUCUUAUGAUAAGCUGUAGACUACACUAUUUGCCUAGAGAAUUUUCAUCCAUAAUUUUCGUGGCUGUUUAUUUACCACCACAGAUGGAUGCUGGCACUAAGACCGCACUUAGUCAGCUGUAUAAGGAAAUAAACAAACAGGAAACCGCUCACCAGAGGAGGCGCUCCUAGUGGCCAGAGACUUUAAUGCAGGGAAACUUAAAUCAGUCUUACCAAAUUUCUAUCAAAAUGUUAAAUGGGCAUCCAGAGGGGGAAAAAAUCUAGAAUUUUAACCAGGUAGGCAGUUUGAGAACAAGUUCUCAUUUAAAACUGAGACCUGGCCAAGAUAAAGCAAAGCAGUGCGACACAAACAAUAACACAGAGUUACACAUGGAAGAAACAAAUAUACAGUCAAUUACACACUAGAAAAUGUGCCUUGUUAAACGUUAAUUUGUGGAAUUUCUGUCCUUCUUAUUGCAUUUGAGGCAGUUGUGUUAUGACAAGGUAGGUGUGGUAUACAGAAGAUAGCCCUUUUUGGUAAACGACAAAGUCCAUAUUAAGGCAAGAACAGCUCAAAUAAGCAAAGAGAAACGACAGUCCAUCAUUAAUUUAAGACAUGAAGGUCAGUCAAUGUGUAAAAUUUCAAGAACUUUGAAAGUUUCUUCAGGUUCAGUCACAAAAACCAUCAAGCGCUAUGAUGAAACUGGCUCUCAUGAGGACCGCCACAGGAAAGGAAGACCAGCCCCUAGAGUUACCAGCCUCAGAAAUUGACUGUGUGAAUCAGGCCUUUAUGGUCAAAUUCCUGCAAAAAAUCCACCACUAAAGAACACCAAUAAGAAGUGUCACGUCUACUCCUGCUCCUCCCCUUCGGCAUUCAACGUCUCUGGUACACCACUGGUCCUGGGAUCCAUCAUUACGCACACCUGGCAUCAAUCAUUACGCGCACCUGCACGUCAUCAUGAGGCACACCUGGACUCCAUUACCUCACCUAUUACCGUCCCUAUUUCUGGCACUCCCUUAGGUUCUUUCCCCAGUCAGUAUUGUUCCUGUGUUUAUGCAAAGACGCUAAUGUUAUCUCGUUCCAUGUUUUUUUUUCAACGUUUCACCUGCUUCUCAACAUACAGCAUCAUCAUUGGGCCAAGAAACAGAGUAAUGUAAAUUAGACCGGUGGAAAUGUGUCCUUUGGUCUGGAGUCCAAAUUGGAGAUUUUCGGUUUCAACCUCCGUAUCUUUGUGAGAUGCGGUGUAGGUCAACAGAUUGUCUCCUCAUAUGUAUUUCCCACUGUAAAGCAUGGAGGAGGAGGUGUGAUGGUGCUUUGCUGGUGACACUGUCUGUGAUUUAUCUAGAAUUCAAGGCACAAUUAACCAGCAUGGCUACCACAGAAUUCUGCAGCGACACGCCAUCCCAUCUGGUUUGGGCUCAUAUGUUUUUCCACAGGACAAUGACCCAACACACCUCCAGGCUGUGUAAGGGCUGUUUUACUAAGGAGAGUGAUGGAGUGCUGCAUCAGAUGACCUAGCCUCCACAAUCACCCGACCUCAACCAAAUCGAGAUGGUUUGGGAGGAGUCGGACCGCAGAGUGAAGGAAAAGCAGCAAGUGCUCAGCAUAUGUGGGUACUCCCACGACUUUUGGAAAAGCAUUACAUGUGAAGCUGGUUGAGUGCCAAGAGUGUGCAAAGCUUUCAUUAAGGCAAAAUGUGGCUACUUUGAAGAAUACAAAAUAUAUUUGGGUUUCUUUAACACUUUUUUUUGUUGGUUACUACAUGAUUCCAUAUGUGUUCAUUACUUUUGAUGUCUUCACUAUUAUUCUACAAUGUAGAAAAUAGUACAAUAAAGAAACCCUGGCAUGAG